AUGUCAUCUCCCCGUCACAACUGUUCCAACGUCCUCUUCUUAAACCUUAAUUUACGCUCACCGACACUCCACCCGCACCGGAAACUCAAAGCUCCUCCCCAUUCGCUUGUACAUUCAGCUACAUCCCUUAUCGAAAACCCUUCAUUAAUAAGCACCCUCAUUUCUAGCUUCGCUUCAUUGACAAUCAAUUCAUCCCUUAUAUUAUAA